UUUAAAGGACUUUGGAAGAUGCCUUUCUUCCCAGAGGAUACAGAACCAACAGAUUUCUGUGUUAGUCCCACAAAGACAAUUUGUGUCAAUAUGAUGUUUAAUGGAACAAAUGAAUUUGAAUAUGGAGAGAAUGAGAUGUAUGACAGCAAAGUACUUAAACUACCGUAUGACUGCCAGGAAAAGGAUCGCAAACUGAGCAUGUAUGUUAUCCUUCCAAACAAAAAGUUUGGCAUCACAAAUCUUGAAAACAAGAUUGGAAAUGACUACAAAAAAUUUGAUGAUUUACUGUCUGGUUUGGUAAAACAAAAGGUUAACGUCUGGCUUCCAAAAUUUUCCUUCACUCAUGAAUUUGAUCUGACAGCAAUCCUACAGUCUCUUGGAAUGAAUGCCAUAUUCAACAAAGGUUCUCUGACAUGUAUGAGCAAUGAUACAGACCUACAAGUGACCAGCAUCCUACAUAAAGCUUUUGUGGAGGUCAAUGAGGAAGGCACAGAGGCAGCAGCUGCAACAGCUGUAAUUAUUGGAGUGACAUCUAUACAAUUUCCAAUUGAGUUUAAGGCAG